CUCCGCUCCUUUCUUACGUCACCGUUACGCAUGCGCUUUGGAAGGAAGAGCACGAUUUCGGGGGAAGGGCAGGGGGAGGGCCUAGGCCGAGAUCUCACGGCGACUGCGCCAACGGGAUCCCGACUGGAACAUGGCGACUUGCGCCGAAAUCCUGCGGAGCGAGUUCCCUGAAAUUGACGGACAGGUCUUCGACUACGUGACCGGUGUCUUACACAGCGGCAGCGCGGACUUCGAGUCUGUGGAUGACCUGGUGGAAGCUGUGGGGGAACUCUUGCAAGAGGUGUCCGGAGACAGCAAGGAUGACGCUGGUAUCAGGGCCGUGUGCCAGCGCAUGUACAACACUCUGCGCCUGGCCGAGCCACCCAGCCAGGGAAACAGCCAAGUGCUACUGGACGCCCCCAUCCAGUUGUCAAAGAUAACGGAGAACUACGACUGUGACACCAAACUUCCAGGACUGCUAAAGAGGGAACAGUCCUCGACAGUGAAUGCAAAGAAGCUGGAGAAGGCCGAGGCUCGACUGAAGGCAAAGCAGGAGAAACGCUCAGAGAAGGACACGCUGAAGACCAGCAGCCCUCUAGUCUUGGAAGAGGCAUCGGCCAGCCAGGCGGGCAGCAGAAAGGAGAGUCGGUUGGAAUCAUCUGGCAAGAACAAGUCCUAUGAUGUGCGAAUUGAGAACUUUGAUGUAUCUUUUGGUGAUAGGGUAUUGCUGGCUGGAGCAGAGGUGAACCUGGCAUGGGGCCGCCGCUAUGGACUGGUGGGACGGAAUGGGCUAGGGAAGACGACACUGCUAAAAAUGCUGGCCACCCGGAGUCUUCGGGUUCCAGCCCACAUUUCCCUGCUGCAUGUAGAGCAGGAGGUUGCUGGAGAUGACACCCCUGCCCUGCAGAGUGUGCUAGAGAGCGACAGCGUGCGAGAGGACCUGCUACAGCGGGAGCGGAAGCUCAGCGCCCAGAUUGCUUCUGGCAGGGUGGAGGGCUCAGAAACAACACAGCUGGCAGAAAUCUAUGCCAAAUUGGAGGAGAUUGAGGCUGACAAGGCACCUGCCAGGGCAUCAGUCAUUCUUGCUGGGCUUGGCUUUACUCCUAAAAUGCAGCAGCAGCCUACUCGGGAGUUCUCAGGUGGCUGGAGAAUGAGACUGGCCCUGGCCCGGGCUUUGUUUGCUAGGCCAGAUCUUCUGCUGUUAGAUGAACCCACAAACAUGCUGGAUGUAAGGGCCAUCCUGUGGCUGGAGAAUUACCUGCAGACAUGGCCCUCCACAAUCCUAGUCGUCUCUCACGACCGAAACUUUCUGAAUGCCAUCGCCACAGACAUCAUCCACCUGCACAGCCAGCGGCUAGAUGGUUACCGGGGAGACUUUGAGACCUUCAUCAAGAGCAAGCAGGAGCGGCUUCUCAAUCAGCAGCGUGAAUAUGAGGCACAACAGCAGUAUCGCCAGCACAUCCAGGUUUUCAUUGAUCGGUUUCGCUACAAUGCCAACCGGGCCUCUCAAGUACAGAGUAAACUCAAGAUGCUGGAGAAACUACCCGAACUGAAGCCUGUGGACAAGGAAUCGGAAGUUGUGAUGAAGUUCCCCGAUGGGUUUGAGAAGUUCUCACCACCAAUUCUGCAGUUAGAUGAGGUGGAUUUCUACUAUGAUCCUAAACACAUCAUCUUCAGCCGUCUAUCUGUCUCUGCUGAUCUCGAGUCUCGCAUAUGUGUGGUUGGGGAGAAUGGGGCUGGGAAGUCUACUAUGCUGAAGCUGCUUAUGGGGGAUCUGGCACCUGUUCGAGGCAUCAGACAUGCCCACAGGAAUCUGAAGAUUGGCUAUUUCAGCCAGCACCACGUGGAGCAGUUGGAUCUGAAUGUCAGUGCUGUGGAGCUGCUGGCACGCAAGUUUCCCGGGAAGCCUGAAGAAGAGUAUCGUCACCAGCUGGGUCGGUAUGGCAUCUCUGGAGAACUGGCCAUGCGCCCUGUUGCAAGCUUGUCUGGGGGCCAGAAGAGCCGGGUGGCCUUUGCUCAGAUGACCAUGCCCUGCCCUAACUUCUACAUUCUGGAUGAGCCCACAAACCACCUGGACAUGGAGACGAUAGAGGCUCUGGGCUGCGCUCUCAACAAUUUCAGGGGUGGAGUGAUUCUGGUGUCCCAUGAUGAACGCUUCAUCCGGCUGGUGUGCCGGGAGUUGUGGGUGUGUGAAGGAGGCGGUGUCACCCGGGUCGAGGGGGGAUUUGACCAGUACCGUGCCCUCCUCCAGGAACAGUUCCGCCGUGAGGGCUUCCUCUAGGACUACCCGGCUGAGAGAGGACUGUGCCCAGGACAUGGACUGGUCUUGCAGACCCCUGGGCCACCAUUUAGGCAACUGACUCCAGGCCACGGACCUCCCCCUACUUGGGGACAGCCAGCCUUAUUCUCAGAUCUCUCUCUUCCUUUCGACUGGAGCAUCGUCUGCACAAUGUGGGAAGCUCCAUCCAAGGGUCUGCGAGGACUGUGUCACAGGGGAAGGGGCUAGGGGUGCCCUCUGGGGUUAUAAAUCCCCCCACUGCCCCAGCUUGACUGCGCCCCACAUGGCUGCUAUGUAAAUUAAAUCUUCCCCUGCAUCUC